UGAUCACAUGCGGUUAUAGAAUUCUGUGGUGGCAGAGAGAUAUAUUCGAGCUGCUUGCAGAAUGGAAUGUUUAAACGUAUACCAGUAGGCCAAUAUCAAGUUUAGUGUAUUGAUGCGUUGCUCCUGUGAUAUAUAGGAAUAGGCCUGCAUCGUACUGUAUUGAAACCGUUGAAGUGAUGGCGCCGCGAGAAAUUGUGCGUGUAUCGAGAAUGUAGAUUGAAAUCGUGGAUUCGAAGGAGACGGAACAUGGGGACAUGCUGUUCUCGGGUUUGUCCCUGCGUGCGUGACCGGUCUGGAGAGUACGAACGGAUCCUUCAGAACGAUGCCAAUAACCCAUACCCCCAGUAUGUGCCUCAGCAAGGUGCUUCAGGUCAUUCAACUGGAUGGCAACCGAGUCGACCUGUGAACUUUGGGAUCGAAGCCGGCCUCCGGAAGAUAACAGUUAAUAGAGUAGGAGUCGAGGAUAUAGAUAAACAGUUCAAGGAACAUGCAGAAGUCUUCAACGACUCUUAUGACCGCUUCAACCAAUUGUGCACAUGUUAUACGAGGAUGCUUUCAUCCUACGAAAGUCGCGGUUCUACUAAUAGUAAUCUCACACAGGUCUUCAAGACUUACAAAGACGAACUAGAGGAUUUCCAAAAGAAAAGUAUAGAAAUCAAACGAAGGCACCAGUACUGCAUGCAGCUGCAUUUCAACGGAGACAAAAUACCCGGUGAUGGAGCUCAGAUGUUUGAGGAUUUCAACUUGGCAAACCUGAUCACGAAGGACAUCACUGAAAAAGGACCGAAUAUCAUUCGCAACACCUUUGCGUUAGUUAACAAUGAGGAAAACUUUAAGCAAAGGAUUGUUGAUUAUUAUUCACCUGAACAGGGUAAAGUUCAGGAGAAAUUACAGAUCUGUGUUGAUAACAUUGCCGAACUAAAAAAUGUAAAACCUUUUAUGGAAUACAUGCGGCGAGAGACUUCGGAAAUGUUCGAUGAUUUGAGGGAGUCGAUUCGGGUGUUUGCAAAAUGA